AUGCACAUCCAGCAUUUAUUUUAUGCUCUUGCAGCAGCCCAUUUGAGCGCCGCUGCUCCAGUUGCGGACGCCCCAGAAAAGAGAUCAGAUGCUACAUUUGACUAUGUGAUCGUUGGUGGAGGGACAGCAGGUCUGACGAUAGCCUCACGGUUAUCUGAAGAUGCUGGGACUACAGUAGCAGUAAUAGAAGCUGGAAGCUUCUACCAGGUUUCCAACCCCCUACUGAGCUCAACACCAGCCGGUGAUUCGUUCUGGAUUGGCUCGAGUCCAUCUGAUACCAAUCCUCUUGUGGAUUGGAACUUUGUGACAACACCCCAAGAAGGUGCAGCUGGUCGCUCGAUUCAUUAUGCGAGAGGAAAAUGUUUGGGUGGAAGCUCGGCGAGAAACUUCAUGAUCUAUCAGCGUGGUACCAAACAGUCAUAUCAACAGUGGGCUGAUGCUGUUGGCGAUCAAUCUUAUACUUUCGAUAGCCUCUUUCCUUACUUUCAAAAAAGUGUUCAUUUUACGCCUCCAGGACCAAGUCGUGCCUCCAAUGCAUCUGCAGAGUACAGCGCUUCUGCAUUUUCAUCUUCGGGAGGACCUCUAGAGGUUUCAUAUGCGAACUAUGCACAACCUUUCUCAAGCUACAUGGAUGGUGCAUUCGGCGAACUCGGAAUGAACGAUAUUCAAGAUUUCAACACCGGUUCUAUCAUGGGCAAACAAUACUGCAGUUCUACCAUUGACCCCUCCAGUCAAAGUCGGGAGUCUUCUCAAACAGCAUAUUAUGAUGCCACAGUGCAGAAACGCGGAAAUCUUAAAGUCUACUCAGUUACCACUGCGCAGAAGGUUCUUUUUGAUAGCAACAAGAAAGCCACCGGUGUCAGAGUUCAAACACUCGGUAUUCCAUACACAAUUAAUGCUCGAAAAGAAGUCAUCAUGUCAGCGGGUGCAUUUCAAAGCCCUCAACUCCUCAUGCUCUCGGGCAUUGGGCCAAAGGCGACUCUGGAAAAAUGGAAUAUCCCUGCUAUUUCCAUCCUUGAGGGUGUGGGCCAAAAUAUGUGGGAUCAUAUUUUCUUUGGACCUACUUAUCGCGUCAAAGUUCAAACAUUAACUAGACUUUCAAACGACCUCAUCUAUACCGCAGCACAAUACGUGGGUUCAUAUCUUCUCCGAAAGAUCGGUCCCCUAACCAACCCAAUUUGCGAUUACCUUGGCUGGGAAAAGAUCCCAAGUUCAUUACGAAAUGAUUUCUCCGCAGAAGCACUCAACGACCUCGCGCAAUUCCCCGCCGAUUGGCCCGAAGUCGAAUAUCUCUCCGGCGCAGGCUACGUAGGAGAUUUCUCCAGUCUACCCACCACCCAACCAAAAGACGGCUACCAAUACGCCACGAUUCUCAGCGCGCUCGUAGCCCCCCUCUCCCGAGGCACCGUCACCCUCUCCUCCACCUCCGCCAACGACCUCCCCACCAUCAACCCCUCCUGGCUCACCUCCCCUACCGACCAAUCCGUCGCCAUCGCCGCCUACAAACGCGUCCGCGCCGCCUUCGCCUCUAAAUACAUGUCCCCCGUGCUCAUCGGCUCCGAGUAUUUCCCCGGCACAGACAUCUCCACCGAUGCGCAAAUUUUGAAAACGAUUCAGGAAACUCUGCAUACCGUGUGGCAUGCGGCUUGUACGUGUAAGAUGGGGAUAGAGGAGGAUGUGAUGGCCGUGGUGGAUAGUAAGGCGAGGGUUUUUGGGGUGCAAGGGUUGAGGGUGGUGGAUGCGAGUGCGUUUGCUAUUUUGCCGCCGGGGCAUCCGCAGAGUACGGUUUAUGCGCUUGCGGAGAAGAUUGCGGAGGGGAUCAGGAGGGGGGAUUAG